AUGGCUGACCCGCUGAGUCUUGUGGCCAGCGCUAUCGCCAUUAUCCAGGGUGGUGAAAAGCUGCGAAAGCUUGUUCGUAAGGCUCAGCAACUUAAUAAAGUACCCGUAGAAGUCGAGCUUCUUCUUCAAGAGAUCUCGGAAGCCAGGACAUCCUUCACCUCUCUCCAAUCUACCGUCAUUGCGGCUGCCCAAGGUGCCAGACCCAUCAAUUUUGAGGCAUUACGGAGCCUGCUUCAUCAAUAUGCUUCUCUCCUUGACUCUAUGGAGCUGCUGGUGGACAAGUAUCUUCUCAAAUCGCCCAAGCAAGAUGCUGAGGGGGGAGAUGAAAGGGCAGGAAUGGGGAGGUCUGUUGUGAGGCUGGGAUGGGUUCGGAAAAAGACAAAGGUGCAUGAGAUGCAAGACAAGCUUCGGAAUGUCCGCUUUCUGAUCGUUGAUACUACAUACCGCAGAGAGCGAAAACUACGCGUCAGCGGCUCUAGGGGUAGUUACUACCGCAUCCAAGCCAAACGAGUUACCACUGGCCAAGACAGAGGAAACCCAGACAAUAGCAGAGGGAAUGACAAAGGUGAAUCAUCAGAAUCUUCCUCUUGGGCCUAUACCAUCGACUUUCAUGUGCGGCCCAUGCAAGUGUGCCUGCCGCAGCACAUGGACACUGCUGUUAACGACAUGGAAGAAUCUCGGUGGCACAGUAGCCAUGCGAUCUCGUGGAUCCCUUUCCAACACAAGGACUGCGACGUCUCGUCUUGCAAACGCAGAUCACAACCCAUGAUUAGCGGCGCAUUUCACCUCCCACACUGGAUCGCCUCCCGCGCGAUCAUACUCACCCUCAUCAACGGACCCUCCAUAUCCGUCUCGCUGACAGUCGCACACAUUGUCCCCCCCGACUCGGACAUCUUCCGCUACAUCCAGACGGGCAACUGCUCUCGUCUGCAAACCCUGCUCCUCAAAGGCCAAGCUUCUCCCGCAGACAUGAUCGAGUCUCUGUACGGGACCCUCGACGCCCUCCUUUUCGCCCUCAACUGCAACCAAUACGAGAUUUGCCAGCUCCUCCUCUCCUGGGGUGCCGACCCCAUGCUGAAAACAGCACCAAGCUGA